ACUCGGCUUUCCCCGCCUUUACCUCCCUCUCCCGCUCCAGCACUGCAGCAGAGGGAGGACUGCAAUGUGCUGCCCACACAACCCCUUGUCCGCCCCUCAGCUGGCUUUGUCACGCCUGGCGACUCCUCCCGGAGACGCCGCCGCCAGCAGCAGCGCCGAGCCGAGCUGGGGAAGCAGGAGAAAGUGACACGCUCCGCGCGCGGGAGGCGGCUGCAGCUGCUCGGUGCGGGCACCUCGGGGGUUCGGUGUGUCCUCGCGGUUCUGUUCACCUACACUAAGGCUUUGUCUACACUGCUGGGAUAUCUUGUUGAAGCUGAACAUGUUCUCGCAUCUCCACUGUUGACGUCUAGCGCAGAAUAGAUAUUCCAGACAGAAUCAAUAGAUCCAUUUGCAGUAGGACCAUCAUACAUUAAUACAAGAUGGAAGACACAUACAAAGACAGGACUUCAUUAGUGAAAGGGGCUAAGGACAUUGCCAAGGAGGUGAAGAGACAAACUGUAAAGAAGGUGAAUAAAACGGUAGACAAAGUUCAGGAUGGGUAUACGCAGAGAUCCUACAAACAAUUCAAGGAUGAGGAAGAUGAUGAAGACUACUAUACACAAGGAGGAAAUUAUGAUGGAGAAGCCAAUGAUGAUGAAGGGUCAAGUGAAGCAACUGAAGGGCAUGAUGAAGAUGAUGAGAUUUACGAGGGGGAAUAUCAGGGAAUCCCAAACAUAGGGCAAGGCAAGGAUGGAAUAGUGGCCCUGCAGCAGCCCAUCCAUGAUGAAUAUAAGGACCGUCAUGAACUGGAAACAGAAAGGAAAGCUGAUGAAGAGGAGCUAGCGCAGCAGUAUGAGCUGAUUAUACAAGAGUGCGGACAUGGCCGUUUUCAGUGGGCCCUCUUCUUUGUUCUUGGAAUGGCACUAAUGGCUGAUGGGGUAGAGGUUUUUGUGGUUGGAUUUGUGUUGCCCAGUGCUGAGACAGACAUGUGCAUACCCAAUUCUGGAUCAGGAUGGCUAGGUAGCAUAGUGUACCUUGGGAUGAUGUUGGGGGCAUUCUUCUGGGGAGGCUUGGCAGACAAGGUGGGAAGGAGGCAGUCUCUCCUGAUAUGCAUGUCUGUCAAUGGAUUCUUUGCCUUCCUGUCAUCAUUUGUCCAGGGCUAUGGCCUCUUUCUCUUCUGUCGCUUAUUUUCUGGAUUUGGGAUUGGUGGAGCUGUUCCAACAGUGUUCUCGUAUUUUUCUGAAGUUCUUGCUCGAGAGAAGCGUGGUGAACACUUAAGUUGGCUGUGCAUGUUUUGGAUGAUCGGAGGCAUCUAUGCUUCUGCCAUGGCUUGGGCAAUAAUUCCUCACUAUGGGUGGAGUUUUAGUAUGGGGUCUGCCUACCAGUUUCACAGCUGGAGAGUAUUUGUAGUCGUCUGUGCACUGCCCUGUGUCUCCUCAGUAGUAGCACUCACUUUCAUGCCAGAAAGUCCAAGGUUUCUGCUGGAGGUUGGAAAACACGAUGAAGCUUGGAUGAUUCUCAAGCAAAUUCAUGACACUAACAUGCGAGCUCGUGGGCAGCCUGAAAAAGUCUUCACAGUUAACAGAAUAAAAACUCCCAAACAGAUAGAUGAGCUCAUAGAAAUUCAGAGCGACACAGGAACCUGGUACAGAAGGUGUUUUGUUAGAAUCCGCACAGAGCUAUAUGGGAUUUGGUUAACAUUUAUGAGAUGUUUCAACUAUCCAGUCAAGGACAAUACAAUCAAACUUACAGCUGUAUGGUUCACGCUGUCUUUUGGCUACUAUGGGUUGUCCGUCUGGUUCCCUGAUGUCAUUAAACAUCUGCAAUCGGACGAAUAUGCAUCCAAAGUGAAACAUUUUAACGGAGAGAGAAUUGUAGAUUUCAACUUCAACUUCACAUUGGAAAAUCAGAUUCACAUGAAUGGAUCAUACAUCAAUGACAGGUUUAUUAUGAUGAAGUUUAAAUCAGUAACCUUUGAAGAUUCCCUUUUUAAGAAUUGCUUAUUUGAGGACAUUACUUCUGUGAGCACAUACUUCAGGAACUGUACUUUUGUGGACACCAACUUCUCCAGCACAGAUCUCGAGCAAUAUAAAUUCAUUGACACUGAAUUUAUAAACUGCAUAUUUAAGCACAACAAGACAGGAUGUCAGAUUACCUUUGAUGAUGACUACAGUGCUUAUUGGAUUUACUUUGUUAAUUUCCUGGGAACUUUGGCUGUGUUACCAGGAAAUAUUGUAUCUGCUCUUCUGAUGGACAGAAUUGGACGUUUAACGAUGUUAGGUGGUUCUAUGGUACUCUCUGGAAUUAGCUGUUUUUUCUUGUGGUUUGGUACCAGUGAAUCCAUGAUGAUAGGCAUGCUGUGUUUGUACAAUGGUCUCACCAUCUCAGCAUGGAACUCCCUUGAUGUCAUUACUGUGGAACUGUAUCCUACAGACAGAAGGGCAACAGGCUUCGGCUUUUUGAACGCACUAUGCAAAGCAGCAGCUGUACUUGGAAACUUAAUAUUUGGUUCCCUUGUUGGCAUCACCAAAGCAAUCCCCAUUCUUCUAGCUUCAACUGUUCUAGUGUGUGGAGGUCUGGUGGGACUUCGACUUCCUGACACAAGAACCCAGGUGUUGAUGUAAAACUGGAAAAAAGCCAUUUAUGAUUUAUUUCCUUCUCCUUUCAAGUGUCAACUCUCCUAACUGAGUGGUGCAAAGGCUUCAGAUUUUCAGUUCUUAGAAUGGUGAUCAGAUUGCAGAAAUCUAACUCAAAAUGAGAUAUUUUUCUGUGACAGAGGUUUAGAAACUUCCAUAAGAAAGUUUUAAAGUUUCACCUUCUUUUGCAUUCUUUUGCUGUUUAAUACUUUUUAUCUUUCAAAUUGCAAAGCUACCUCUUGAAACAUUUUCAAAGACAUAUUCAGGAAGAGAAAACCGUGCUCAUAGCUAGGUGUUUAAAAUGCAAGCGUAUUGUCACAUCUAGGACAUUAAAAAAUAAGUCCUACAUUUUUGCAUGACACCAUUAGCUUCCACAGUGAUACAGACAUGGAAGUCAAUUAUUUAACAGUAUUGGUGCAGUAAAACUCAAUCUUACACAGAUCAAUGCAUGCAGCAUUAAACAGGAAACUGCAUAUUCUGCAUCAGUACUGCGAAUAUUAACAUUGUGUGACUAUAUUUAAGCAGUAGGGACUUCCUGCUUUCUUAGAAAAGGGCAUGGCAGGCUUUGGCAGUGGCAAUGCCUCUUUCAGAGGAAACCAUCUUAUGUAGAUUCAAUCGUGGUUAAAGAUUAACAAUUGCAAUCAUAACAGUAAAGCUGCCUGUGCUGAGGAGAAACAACUCCUGUUACAGAGGACAGCAAAGCUCAUAAUGGGUGACUGAAGUAAGAGAAUAGGAAAAGAAGCAUUUUCACUACUUGCUGAUCCUCCAGAGUGUAUUUAGAGAUACCAACACUUGGAUGUCUGGAAAUUUCUGAGCAUUGUAGAAAACAAGGGCUUUGUCUGAACUUAUCUCGGUGUAAACCAUGAGUAGUUCUACUCUAGUCAAUAGUUACACUAAUGUAAAACUAGUGUGAGUGAAGGCAGAAUAAAGCCCAAUGCCUGUAUGAAAAGUAAACAGCUUUAAGAAAAGUGCUUUUGCUAUUUAACCUACUAACUUUUGCUCCCUUGAUGACAUACAAUGUUUAGAAAAAAUAUUUUGUAUUAGAAUGCCUCCUACAUGUUAACUUUGGCCCCCGUUUAACAUGAUCAGAAUCUCCAGAACCAAAUCAUUUACCUACAACUGCUAAACUUGGGGGAAAAAAAAAGUAACAUUUCUUAGUAUAUCAGUUUAUACAAUUGGCAUAAAUUUGCAAAUAUUAAUCUUAACAAUAUCUCAUCAGUUAACACUUUCUAGUCCUCCCAGCCCUGCACACCUCCCAAAAAAAGACAGAAUGUUAGCCUUAGCUUUGAGUCUUAUGGAUUUUAUCUAUUUCUCACAGGCUUAGCAUUAGUGAAAAGCCAUUUCCUGUAAUUAGGAUAGUAUCUAAUUCUGGCCAUUGUGUGCAUCUCGCUCUUCUCUCUCUCGCUCAUUUUUCAGGGCACUCCCUUGUGUCAUCCCUUAGUCAGAUGAUUGCCUUAUACUUAUUGCACAUCUUGUUUCGAAAUCUGAAGCCUCUGUACAGAUUUAGAGUGAUGAUCAACAACCAGUGGUAAAUAUCAUUUUUGUGCCACACACUGUCUAUUUAAAGCGAUAUGUUGUGUUCAGUUCUGUAUGUUACUUUAAAGAAUUACGAAAUUCAAUAUGUGCAGUGCUAUGACCAGUGUGGAGGAAAGGGGACAUAGGAAAAUAAGGAUCAGUUACUGAGGGCUCCAAUUCAGGGCUAACAUGCUAAAAUCUCAUUAUGUUUAAAAACGUGCUCAUUUACUAUUAAAAAAAAUCCUCACCACUAUUUCACCGUUAUCCACAACAAUGCUGGUGAUUUUGCUAAAUCUAGGCUACAUCUUAGAUCUCUUGCUUAUAGCCACCUCAGUGUGUGACUCAGCCAAGAUACAGUGUAGCCAACAGCAUUAAAGCACAUAGUGUGAUUGGGAUAUGGCAAGUGAUAUAAACUGGCCUCCAGAAAAACAAAAUACCUGAAUGCAUGGAUACAGCUCCAGGAUACCAAUGAAUGUUAUAAGACCCUUUACACACACACACUAAAAAAGUGAGGUGGGGAUGGGAAAAGAAGGGAGAGCAAAGGAGGAAGGGGGGGGAAGAAAAGGAAGAAUAGAAGGGAAGAGAAACAAAGAGAAAAUAAGUGCAAGCCCUCCCUCCUCGAUAUUCCCAACAUGUUAUGCUGUGAGGGCAAGAGCAGAGAAUAUAAUUGAAGUGUGUACAUACAAUCAGUGGCUUGGUAGUACAGCCACUUGUAGCACCAGUAUUUGACCUUUGGAGGCUUAGAUCCAGAUGCUACUCUACUUCAUUGAAGAAGAUAAAUCACAUGCAACUUCACAGGAAAAUGCCAUAUACUGUGUGUGUACAUAUUAGAGAGAACAAACCAAACUGACUUAGGUUAAUGUACCAGACCCCUCUAAUGGAUGAAAUCAUAACUACUUAUCUGUGUGUCAGAGUCCUUAUCCUGCUGUGAGGUAACAGAGAUUCUCUUUCAGUUCAAAUGUUGGGGGCCCUUGUUGUUUGUGCAGGAAGAUGCAAGAUCUAGCCUUUUCUGCUUUGAAAUUAAGAGGGUUCAACAUAGUGAUAAUGUUUGUUCAAGGUAGUCAGAGAUUUAUAACUAUAGAAAGAGACGGCUAGGACUAGAACUGCAUGGUUCCUGCAGGGUGGGAUUGAAGUAGGCAGGCAGAGAUAUGCAGGGAAGCCUGCCUUCAUAGUGCCUGGUUCUAGCCAGUGCCUUCACAGAGGACAAUCAUGCAGCCUUUCAUCACAGGAGAAAAGAUGCUAGAGCUCCUUGCCUGAUAGCUCCAGCCCAGCUGUCCUCCUCUUGCCCAGCCUCCUGCUCCCUGUUAUUCCCAAGAUUUCCAAACAGGCUAUUAAAUCUAUCAAGUCUCCCAUCUCACUUUUUCCUUUCUUCUCCCUGAUCCUACCAUUCUACUGAUUCCAAAUUAACUUGCUUUCCAUAUAUCCUCUUCUAAAUUCCCUCACUUAUUCCUCUCCAUCGCCUAUAAUUUCCUUAUAUCCGCCAGUAAUAAGCCAAUGCUCCACCCUUUGGGUUUGAGGUCAACACUUCUUUAACCCAGGAUGGAAAACAAGCUAAAGCAAAACAGCCCUUCAAGUUGUCCCCAUAAUGGGAAGCAAAUAGUCUCUGAAAGUUCAUUUAAUGUCCAGGUGGCCUAACUAACACAAAUAAUCAAGGAAUAAAGAUCCUCCUGUCAGAAACUCCACUUAUCCCUUUAGAUGUGGUGAAUGAAGAUCAAGGAAAGCACCCUGGUACUGUCACCAAGCUCAGCUCCACUUGGGAGGAAGUUUCAUUCUUCUUUCCCAGAAGCCCCACCCCUUUUCUUUCUUGACGCCCCUGGAAACCUCACUUUUAUAUAGCUGCCAGCCAUGCUAUUGAGGCAUAUCUGUCAGCUCCACUUUCCAGUAGCCUAAUGGAGUCAUAGCUGUUAGCUCCUUUCUCCAGGCCUGACAGCUCAGGCAGUCUCUAUUGGCUAGGCUUUAGCUCUUUCCACAGUGAAGGGUUUUAAAAUACUUCUUCAUUCAGCCAGGGAGUGUUACAUACAUCCUGUCAUAGCUCCCUUAUCCAACCAAGGCAGCACUAUGUUAGCAUAACUUGUCUGACACACUUUAUUUUUUUAUAUUUAGCUGGAAAUGGAACUACAGUUCAAACAUAAGGUUAAAAAUGAAUCCUCAAAACUGUACACUCAGUGGGUCACAUACACAGGAAGUGCAAGCAGAGCUGCUCCACUUCCUCCAGAAUGUGGGAAAAAAAUGCUCAGCAGUCAAAUUCCAGAAGAAAACAAGUCAGAUGGACUACUUUUCCUCAGCGUUUCCUGCUUUCCUGUUCACCAAACUCACUGUCAAAUGUCAGCCCUUGUUAAUAAGAUCCUUUACUAUCAGUUCAGGAAACACAGCAUGAAGAGAGACCAGGUGGGUGAGGUAAUAUCUUUUAUUGGCUCAACUUCUGUGGAUGAAAGAGACA